AUGGGCAAAAGCCUGCUGCGAAUCCAGCUCGUCGUGGCCGAGAUCGGCCUCACUGGCAUGUCCACUUCCGUCGGUCUCGUAGCUCUGCGUUUGCCCUUGUACUCGCUGAUUCUUGUCCUGAGCAUCAUGCCGGCAUUCGAAGUGCAGACGCGCCAUGGUUACGUUCUCACCUGGGUCUCGUGUUCCCUUCAGCUUGUCGCGAUACUUACCUCCGUGCUUGGUAGCAGAAGCAGCCAGGAAGACCUGGUAGAGGAGGCGCGCGAGCAGGCGAAGUUCGCGGUGGAGAUGGGGGCCUUCGGCGGGGUAGAGAUGGCCAACUAUGAUCAGCAAGGAAUGCAGCCACAGAUUCAGCCACAUCUGGAUUCACAGAUGCAGCCACAGAUGCAGAUGUACAGGACAGGCAUGGGCCGCUUCCAGCAGACAGGCAGCAACCUGGCCGCCCGCGGGGGCAGCGCUGGGGUGGCGGCCCCGGAGGCGGCGUGUUGCGUCGACAGCGCGGCGGCAAGGACGGCGCCGCCGAGGCGGUGUCACCUCUUCUGCUGCGUGGAGCCGCAGAAGGCCACCAGCUCCGCGGACAUCGUGGUCCCGCCCGUCUGAGCCAUUUGAAGCCUCGGGGGUUGCGCAAUGAGGCAGCACGCCCAGCGCCCGGAGGGCCGCUUCGCGGCGCCUGCCCGCCAGCCCAGCUGCACGCGAGAUCGCCCAGGCCUCCCAGGCGGGGGGCCGUGCAGCGAACGGGGCAGGAGGUCCGCGCCCCGUCGCCGAGGCGCCCGGAAUCUUUCGAGAGCCACUGCCAGAGGUCUUUGGUUCUGGGCCCCACCGCCCUUCUCUCUGGGCGGUGAAAUGGACUGGUUCUAAAGCCUCCUGCUCCUCCUCCUCCUCCUCCUCCU